UUAUUACAUUUGAUAUCACCAAAGGCUUGAAAUUUGACCAACUCAGCCGUACUUGAAAAAAUUGAAAUACCCCUAAUGCAUGUGUAAAGGUUGGCACCAAAGGGUUUUUUUUUUUUUUGUUUUUUGUUUUUUGUUUUUUUUUUGUUUUUGAGUUCUCUUCAAUUUUUGCCCUCCUGCAGCAAUAAAGCAUUUAAUAAUAGUCCACUUGUUAUAAAACAAUGAACUGCAGACUAUAUAUAUAUAUACUAGCGGGGGAAUUGAUGCAGGUAUUGUGGAACUGAAGAUCCAAAUUCAGACUUAUAUCAGUCUCAUGAUCUUAGAAACCCUUUUUGAAGAAAAAAAAAACCCCUUUUAGUUAAUUAAUCAUGAUUAACAUGUUUUCAUUUAAAUAAAAAUAAAAUUAACAACCCCAAUAAAUUAAUUAAACAGCUAUAUAGAUAUCAUCAGCCAAUACAUCAUGCUUAUCAGCCAUCAGAAUAAACAAUUGUCCCCAUCUGCUGGAGAUGAUGCAAGUCAGUCAACAACUAGUACUAAAAUUGCCAUACAGCCAGCCAGCAAGUCACGUUACACUACUAUAAAAAUACUACAAUUAAAGUACCCACAAAGCCAUCAAAUCUUGGUUAGGUAAAGGCUUGUACUUUAAUUUUACAGAGCUCAAGGACAUGGCAGCUGCCAUGGAAGAAGGGUUUGGUGAAGCAAAUUGGAGCACAGAUAGGGUUCAUUCAUUGAGCAGAAGGUCAGAAUCUGCUCAGGUCAUCCCCAUCACAACAAGUAAUCCCACAAGUGAAGAAGAUGGUGCUGAUUAUAUUGCAUCAUCAGCUGCAGAUUGGGGAGGUGGAGAGCUUAAUCCACAGGAUGCUUGGCUUCCCCUCACAGAGUCCAGGAAUGGGAAUACUAUUUCUGCUACCUUUCAUUUGCUCUGCUCAGGAAUUGGAAUCCAAGCCCUUUUACUGCCUGUUGCUCUUGCCACUCUUGGAUGGGCAUGGGGAAUCAUAUGCUUGUCACUGGCAUUUUCAUGGCAGCUAUACACCAUAUGGCUACUUGUACAUCUACACGAAUCCGACUCCGGAACUCGUUAUAGCAGAUACCUUGACCUCGCAAUGACAACCUUUGGUCAAAAGCUAGGGAAGUUUUCAUCUCUAGUCCCAGUAAUGUAUCUGUCAGCUGGUACAUGUGUGCAGCUAAUUAUCAUAGGAGGUGGAACCCUAAAGCUUUUCAUCACAACUGUGUGCAAGGAUGGAGCAACUUGUGAUGCCAAGUCAUUGACCACUGUAGAAUGUUUCUUGGUGUUCAUGAUCAUGGCUGUUGUUGUGGCUCAAUUUCCCAACUUGAACUCCCUAGCUUGGGUUUCUUUGAUUGGCUCCAUCACAGCAAUUGCAUAUUGUACUAUGAUUUGGGCCCUUUCAAUUGGCAAGGGCAGGUCCAGUGACAUUUCAUAUGACCCUCCAGAGAUGGAGUCUAAUAUGGACAGAUUUGGGGGGAUUUUGAAUUCUCUUGGUAUCAUUGUUCUUGCAUUCAGAGGCCACAAUGUUGUCCUUGAGAUACAGGGGACAUUACCAUUAAGUCCAAAGCACCCAACCCACAAGCCAAUGUGGAGAGGAGUGGCCAUAUCAUAUCUACUCAUAGCCAUGUGUUUGUUUCCUCUGGCCAUAGCUGGAUUUUGGGCUUAUGGAAACAAGGUACCCUCAUCAAAUGGAGGGCUUUUGAUUGCGAUUUCGAAGUUCCACAGGCAUGACACACCAAGAAUUGUGCUGGGACUAAUGUUCAUACUUGUGAUCAUAAACUGCCUAAGUACAUUCCAAAUCUACGGCAUGGUGAUUUUCGACAAACUAGAGUCGAACUACACUAGCAAGAAGAAGAAGCCAUGUGCAAGGUGGCUUCGAAUGGCUUUUCGCGUGUUCUUUGGAGGGAUGACAUUCUUUGUAGCAGUGGCUGUUCCAUUCUUGGGAAGCUUGGCACCCCUAAUUGGAGGGUUGACAUUGCCUCUGGCAUAUGCUUACCCAUGCUUCAUGUGGAUUGCAAUCAAGAAACCAAAGCCCAAAGGUGUCAUGUGGUGUGCCAACAUGGGACUUGGAUGCUUAGGCCUGGUUUUGAGUGCUCUUUUAGUUGUUGCAGCAGCAUGGAACUUGGCUAGCGAAGGCCUGCAUGCCAACUUCUUCAAGCCUUAGUUAGUUGUAUUUUUCAUAGAAACGAAAAAAAAAAAAACCAUGUAUCUUUAAAUUAAGCUAGUUAAGUGACAAGAACUUGUUAAACUUUUGUUAGAUUCAUAAAACAUCAGCUGGUAGAUUUGUUAA